UAAUUUCUAAUUCUGGUUUAGCUGCUAUUUCCAUUAAUUCUAGUGUUAACUCACAAACCAUGGUGAAAUAUUUAAAUCAGGAAGAAGCCAUUAAUGUGGACUUGGAGUUGUUCAAUGAGUACAAAUUUAGUGUAGAUCAACUAAUGGAGCUAGCUGGUUUGAGUUGUGCUACUGCUAUAUUCCAUUGUUACAAGUCUAAACCACGAAAGAAUGUGUUAAUUUGUUGUGGACCGGGAAAUAAUGGGGGAGACGGACUUGUUUGUGCAAGACACUUGAAAUUGUUUGGCUUCAAUCCUGCUGUUUAUUAUCCAAAACGUACAGAUAAGGAACUAUACCACAAUCUAACAUAUCAAUGUACUAAUAUGAAUAUUACUUUCCUGGAUGUACUUCCAAAUAAAAAAGAUAUAAACUCCAAUUAUGAUGUAGUUGUCGACGCUGUGUUUGGAUUUAGUUUUCGGCCACCUGUUCGACCAGAAUUUGAAAAGCUUCUGGAUACUCUUAACAAAAUUUCUAUAAGUCUUUGCAGUAUCGAUAUUCCUAGUGGGUGGCAUGUAGAAACAGGACCGCCAGCUAAUGGACUUAAACCUGAGCUCUUGAUAUCUCUCACUGCCCCUAAGAAGUGUGCAGAAUUCUUCCAAGGAAAGUAUCACUAUUUGGGGGGGCGAUUUGUGCCUCCUAAACUUGGUGAGAAGUAUGACUUGCGACUUCCGGAAUAUCCAGGAACUGAAUGUGUUGUAGAAUUAAAGCGAUAGGUCUCAAAUGAUCAAUUAUUAUAAAAUAUUUGUGUAAAAAAGUGUAACAUAAGCUUUUAGCCUUUUGAAACAUAAUGUUUAUAUGAGAAUUUAUGUAACAUUGACCUAGCCUUUGUCUGUAUACAUCAAUAAUAUGUAUGGUUAGGCUAACAAAUUUUUUAACAUGGAAUUUAUAUUUUAAAAUACAACUUGUUUUUUCAAAUUAAAAAAGCGUAAUGUUUUCUGUGCCUUGAUUAGCCUAUGUUA